GCUGACUAUUAGCCAUACAUACCUUGAAACCAAAAAAAACUUCCCUCCUUAUCGGGAAUUUUUCAAACCCCAAUUGAAGACGACCUAAUUUUAUAUUUCAGCGAGGCUAUCAAAAUUAACGUGGUUUCAAAUGUCGCAAAGGAAGUUUAAAGUGACCUGUGCAACCAAGAAUGACGAAAAAUCGGAAGCGAUGCAAACUUCCGACGCCAAAGAAGGAAAACAGGCUAUUUCCCGAGCAAACCAGCAUCAAAAGCUUGUAAUAUCAGUGCUUUUAUUUACGAUCAUAGCGUGGCUGGUGGGUAAGGCUGAUAUUAGCAUAUUUUGGAUUUUCACACUGGCAUUAUGGAUCUUGUUUUGGUGGAAUAACGCCGCUGCACAAGUAAUAGACAGUGCUGUUAAAGAAGCAGAAAUUGAUAAGAGGCGACAAAAAGCAUUGUCGAAUGGAGAAACGGCAGAAUGGCUAAACUUUCUGAUUAAUCGAUGGUUUGUUUUCAGUGACAGAUCGUUAUUGACUAGCAUCAAAAGAAACUUGGAGCCGAUCCUUGAGGCCCAGAACCCAUCCUAUGUAGGUUCUAUAGAGAUUCUAGACUUUACCCUUGGCAAUAGGACACCUUACAUAAAAUACGUCACAUCUUAUGAUAACUCUGACGAUCAACGGAAUAUAAAAGCUUCCGAGUUAAACUUUAAUCACCCACCUGACGAUCUGAUGACCAGAGGUAAAUACCAGGCAGUUAUUCACCUGGAAGCUGGUCUAACAUCUCCAGAGGCUAGAUUCGUCAUAAGAAUCAGACUUGGUAACAAGGGGUUUCUUGGCACGUGUACCGAUGUAGCAGUAGAGGACCUUCACAUUCACGGCAAGCUGCAGCUGGUGCUGUUGUUUAAUCACAAUAUUCCCUUUCCCCAUCUGGCAGCAGUGACAUUUUUCUUUAUCGAAGAACCAGACGUAUCGUUCAACAUUCGUCUCCUGAAGGCCGUACAACUGAUGGAGUUUCCCCUCCUCAGACAAUGGAUCACACAGAUGGUCAAUGAUUACCUUAAACUAGCCUUGGUAGAUCCCGGCCACAUAACAAUUCCAUUUUGUGACGAUCCUGAGGUUGUCGGAAGAGGAGCAGCAUAUGCAUGCGGCGUUCUUACUUUGACAAUCAGCGGAGGAUCUCAUGGAAAAUUAACAGAUGACCCUUACUGGUGCUCUGUUAAGAUUGAUGGUCAAAAGCGAUACACCAAGGAAGUAACGGGAGAUAAUCAAUGGAGUGAUCAUGUGUCAUUGUUGGUGUACAACCUGCAUGCUGACAGGCUGGUGAUUAAACUGAAAGGACGAAGAAAGCUGGGCACCAAGUACACUGUAGUUGGACAUGUGCUGAUCCUUUCAAAGUUUUGUUUGGAGAGCAGUCCUCAGCAUGAUCAAGUGCUGGAAAAGUCGUCUUUAAAGCCUGCUACCCUAUCAGUGCAGAUGGAAUACACACCUCUUCCAGUGAUUGACGUGUGCCACUCAAUAACCCCUGAAGACUUUGGCAGAAACUAUCUGAGCAGACUACGAAAUCUCCACCCGAAUGAAGUUUCAGGAGUUCUCCUGGUCUGCGUUCACAGCGGUCGAGGCCUGGUUCCCAUGGAUAAACAUGGACUCAGUGAUCCCUAUUGCGUAAUUUAUGAAAACGGAAGACAGGCCAAGCGUGGGGAGGCUGUGAAAGGGACCCUGAGUCCUAUUUGGGACACCAUGGUUGAGAUACUUGUUGCCGACUUUACACAGACGACAUUAUCGUUUGUUAUCUUAGACAAAGACACAAAUUCUAUAAAAAUGAUCAAAGAUGAAAGAAGUGACUUCAUGGGAUCAUGUAAUCUUUCUCUUACAGAGGUAUCACCCGUGCUAUUUAAGAAAAACCUUGACUUGCUGUAUAGAGUUAAAGGCUCUGGCAUGAUGAAGGCGGGAAAGCUGUGUGUCUCCGCCAUUUUUAGACCCGUUCCAUCGGUGGCCAAGUCUGAGAUGAAAGAAAGUGGUCAAGGUCUACCAGAGGGAGAACCUCCAGGACAAAAAGAUGCUAAGACUGAGAUACAAACACUAGAGGCUUUGCUGCGUGCAGAACGAGGAAGCGUCGAAAUCAAUAUUUACCAAGGACGAAAUCUGGUGGCAAAGGAUAUUACUGGUAAAAGUGAUCCGUUUGUGACGGUAAAGGAUGGAAGUGAAGGAAGAGAGAAAUAUAGAACACGGACCAUCACUAACACUUUGGAACCAGUGUGGAGUGAGACAGCUGUUGUAGCGAUGCCUGAUGUGAAUGGUCUGCUCUUACUGGAAGUGUGGGAUAAAGACCCAUUGACACAAGAGAGAAUGGGACAAAUAGGAUUUACGACGGAGAAAUUGAAAGAUUUAGGAAAGCCUCCCUAUGAAAAGCACUGGUACAGGCUACGAGGGGUGAAGAGUGGAGAGCUACAGCUGGCAUUCAAAUACACUCCUCGGCAAGCAGAUGAUGACGCCUCCAACAAUAACAUAGACAGUAAUGAGCCCCGAAAGCAGAGAGAGAAAGAUUUGCUUUCGUCGUCAGUUCCAGUUGCACUAAGUGCAAACAGUACCUUGUCGACACCAGUGAGAAUGCUUCAUUCUUCGCCUAGAGAGGAAAAGAGACUGUUUACUGGUAGGAGCCCAACAUCCCUUAGCGGCAGUACUCAAGCAAAGGGAAGGAACGAAAGAAGCAAGGAUGAAUUCCCAGAAGUGUUCACACAGAAUACGCCAUCUGAUUCGCAAUCAAGGCAGGAUCGAGAAGAGUACGAACUCAAAGCCUGGCCCCGGAAAACCCGACGCCUUCGAUCAGUUGUCGACACCGUUCGAUCCCUUCGGUUUAACGCGGCUCCCAGUGUUUCUGCAGCUUCUUCUAGUACGGUGAACACCUCGGGGCCAGAGGAGGGCAUUGAACAAAAGCAGGAUGGUAAAGAUAAAUCCAAGAGCUCUUCAGGCGUUCAAAAAGGCAAUUCUCUUCGCAAGAAGUUCUCUUUUCUGAAGGGCCGACAGCGCAGCAUCAGCGAAAGUCACCUAAGCGUGCUUUACUCAUCACAUGACGAUAUGGACCCAUUACUGAAGCGAAAAAGUGAAAAUGAAUCGGAUGGUGGCAAAAAUCGAAACAAGAAACGUCUCCGGCGAAGCAGUGAGAAUAUUUCUGGGUCUACCACGCUAAGUCGCCAAAGGAGUGCCGAGAAUUGCUUUCAUUCUCUACCGAAUAGCCCGGUCACUGUCACUUCACGCAGGGAUCGGGCUGAACAGUUUGCUAAUGAUAGAGACUCACGAAGUACCGCCUCUUGUGGCUCACACUCACGUGGUUCGAGUACAAAUCAGGACAGUUGUCCAAUGUGUGACUUUAACGUUUUAAUUCUUAGUGAAUGCCCUGAUUGCCAGAAUUCGCAGAAGAAAAAAACUAAUUCUUCAUUCCAAGAAAGACUGAUUCUUUAGAAAACAUAUUUGUAAUGUGGAUUUUUGGAGAGGCGAAAGAUUAUGUUAGCAAAAGUACUUAAUCAGAAAAAUUAGACGAGAGCCGAAAGCGAGUUGCAGAACUUGGAUUAAACACAUUUUGAAAUUAUUGAAAGCAGUUUCAACCGAAAGUGCAAAGACCAGGAACGUAUUAUUUAAAGAUUUAGGCUAAAAAACUCCUGAAGCAAUAAGUGUCUAGUGACGCUUUGAAGGACAUGGGAGAAAUUAAUUUUUACAAGACAGAAAUGUUCACGCGACUAAUAAAAUAUCAUUUUCACUCACAAGAGACCAUUAAAAUGCUUAAAAGAUCUGUUCGGUCAUCAUGAUCGCUAAUGAUUAUUCACCAUUAAAUGUUUUUUUUUUAAAUUUAAGGUAACAAAUUCUCGCACGUGAUUAGUCAGUUACAUGCAGUCUGAAUAAGACCAUGCACGCGUCAUGCCUAUGAAACUGAAUAGUUUGUGUCAUCUAUGCGGACUGUGAUAUAGACCAGUAACUUAAUUCUCUCACGCCAAAAAUCAACUGACUGAUUACAGUGCCAUGAAACUUUUUCGCCAUGGUAUUGGACCUGCAAAGAUGAGUUUACCUACCAACAAGAGAACAAACAUAAGUAUUCGCGGAAAAUUCUGCAUUCUUGUUUUUCAUUUGGAGUGAGUUAAACGGUAAUAUAGUAAUAAAGUGCACAACUGCUAAACGUUAAAAAUAUUUCAUGCAAUAGAUAUAAUGAGUGAAAUACCAUACAACUCAAAUAUAUUUAGCAUUAAAGCUAGCUAUUGACAUAUUUAAGGAAUUCUACGCGCUGUGUCAUUGUGCGUUCUUGUCUUAUUCGAAUUGUCAACAUCUGUUAGAGAAAAAAUUCAUUUUAUCUCGAGGUACUUUUAUGCCUCCAUUAAGAACAACGAAUCGCAUCGUUUUCUUGGAUUACAAAAGUACAUUGGACAUUUCUCUCUUCUUCUUCUUGCAGGGUAGGUUUGCUUCCCUCGCUUUUUCACUUGCAACAACAACAACAACAACAGCAACAUUUAAUAAACACUAUAAAAAUUACA